GAAUAAUUAUCACGCGGCUACGCAUUUACACAGAAACACAACUCAUCUUCCAGUCUCAGCAGAGAAGGCUAUCGUAAUCAUACUGAGAUCUGCCUGACUUGAUUUAUAUACUGAGAAGGGAAUCGAGGUGGAGUUUUAGCUCUACGUCUAGAGAAGAGUGUUCGAGUGACUUUACAGUUGGGGAAGUAACGAAGAAGGAAGGAAAUGUCAAGUGGAGGAGGAUAUGGAGAUGCAUCGCAAAAGAUAGAUUACGUCUUUAAGGUGGUGCUAAUCGGUGACUCGGCGGUAGGCAAGUCUCAGAUUCUGGCUCGGUUUGCUAGGAACGAGUUCAGCUUGGACUCCAAAGCCACAAUCGGAGUUGAGUUCCAGACUCGCACCAUAGUCAUCCAGCACAAGAGCGUUAAGGCUCAGAUCUGGGACACAGCUGGCCAAGAACGAUACAGAGCUGUUACAAGUGCAUAUUACAGAGGUGCUGUUGGGGCAAUGUUGGUUUAUGACAUCACCAAGCGGCAAACCUUUGACCACAUACCUCGGUGGCUGGAAGAGUUACGUAGCCAUGCAGAUAAGAACAUUGUGAUCAUCUUGAUUGGGAACAAGACCGAUCUUGAGGAUCAGCGGGCAGUCCCCACUGAAGAUGCCAAAGAAUUUGCUGAGAAGGAAGGAUUAUUUUUCUUGGAGACAUCAGCUCUGGAAGCAACUAAUGUUGAGACUGCCUUCUUAACUGUGUUAUCGGAGAUCUUCAACAUUGUGAACAAGAAGAACCUUAGUGCUGGUGAUAAUCAAGGCAACGGGAACCCUGCAUCUCUGGCCGGCAAGAAGAUUGUUAUUCCAGGCCCUGCACAAGUAAUCCCAGAAAAGAGGAAUAUGUGCUGUAGAGCAUCUUGAUUUGCUUGGACAUUGAUUCAGAAUGUGAUGUGUUGUAUUCUGGGUUGACAUUGGCAAUAGGAAAUUCUUUUGAGGUCUGAUGUAUUUGGUUGUAUAUUUUGAAUUUAGUCUCGGUGUGCAAUGCAUGAGCUGCUGGAUUAUUGCA